GCUUCCGUCCAAUGUGCUACUUUCGUUUUCCACUGGCGUAGUGUCAAGCAGCUUGUGUGGACAAUUGGAAGGAAUACAUUGGUGACUGCCGCCUGCGCGGCUGAAGGGCGACGCAGAAGUCAUGGCGUGGAGGUUGACGAGCGCUGGAACGCAAGUCUGGGACCUCGCUGGGGAGCGUACAUUUUGGUCUUCCCUCUAGUAUCAUGAAAAGGCGCAAGCAUCUUACAGGACCCGAGUGUCAGGAGCUGGCUCAGAGCAGAGAAGGCUUGUGCGCCCUCACUCAGCCAUUCAACCAGUGGAAUACCAAGCAAGAUGUGCACAGAGGCCUGUACCCUCGUAGCAGGGCUGAGAGAUGGUUCAGAGGUAAAGGUGGAAAAUCGACUUUGAGCACUUCCCACAAUAUUCUAAGCACUGAUAUAUCCCCCAGCUGCAGCCAUUCACAAGAGAUGGCAGAGGAUGUGUCUAGUCGUAUGGAUGAGGACGCUGUGGAGUCAGACAGUGAGAAUGAUGUACACCUAUCAGAUCUCCACUCCAGCAGAAAAAGACCCUAUUCUUCCAUAGAAGGCUUAAGCCAGAACUUAUUGCCAGUAGUGGACACUCAAUCUUCCAGCAAUUUCUUGGAGGAGGAUGAUGAUGAUGAUGAUGAUGAUGAUGAAAUGGGUCUUAUGCUGGAUUCACUUUCUGAGUCUUGUUAUGGACUCCUUGGUGUGACUGACCAGAGCCAACCAUCAUGUGGACAUAUAAACCAGUUCCCUGAUGAACUGCUGCAGUGUAUCUUCAGCUUCCUUCCAGCGGUGGACCUCUAUCGGAACAUCAGCCUGGUUUGUCAUAAGUGGAAGUCUUUGGUCCAUGACUCACUGUUUAUUAAAUGGAAGAAAUUGUACCACCGAUACCUUGCAAAAGAUGGCCUGGCUGUAAUGGAAAUUGAGGAUCUUCUUAAGAAGAAUGGAAUAACUGCAGACAAUCCCCUCUGUAUACUACAACUAGUAAAGUACUUUACUACUUUGUUUUGUCACGUCGCCGACUCCCAAGCCAUUUUGGAAAGUCUGAAGAACCAUCAUUUAUAUGAAAUUGCUGAAAAAUGUGUUACCCAGAGACUACCAGAGUUGACGUGUAACAACGAGGCUGUGAACGCUUGGGCAGUCCUGGCCGUAAUCGCUCUUCUGUCAAUCAAAGUGGGUGACAUCCAGAGGCUGAUAAGAUGCUUGUGGCAUUUUAGAUCACCUUUAAGGCUUGUUGAAGUCAUGGAAGCCUUGUACUGUUUGGCAACCUUACUCUUUGCGAUGAGAGAGCAGAAGGUCCUCAUCAGUAAUAGAAUUCAUUACAACAUUUUCUAUAGUCUAUAUCUUUUGGAGAACAGCAGCUCGCAGAAGAAAAUACCAUCCUGUGAAAAUGCAAGACCUAAGCCCACCUUCAAUCUUACAAAUGAGCAGCAGCAAAUAAUAAACCACGAUAUUCAGGAAGGGCAAGUUAUGAAAAUCAUGGCUUUUGCAGGUACUGGGAAAACCUCUACCCUUAUUAAGUACGCAGAGAGGAGACCAAAUCUACGCUUUUUGUAUGCAACAUUCAACAAAUCAAUUGCACAUCAUGCUGGCCAGAAUUUCCCCAAGAAUGUCGUAUGCAAAACUUUCCACUCGUUGGCUUAUCAUCAGACAGGAAAACUGUAUCAGCAAAGAAAGAAGCUGAACCCCUCCAAGCUGACUCCAUAUACUGUUAACUUUGUCCUUCCUGAAGGGCAAGCUGGUUUUGUAAGAGCCAAACUUGUGGUUAAGACACUGGAGAACUUUCUUGCCUCUGCCGACGAAGCAAUUGAAACAGACCAUGUUCCUAUAUGGUAUAAAAAUAACCGUGGAGAAAGGGAAAUGGUGAAUCCACGGGAUCAACAGUUUGCAGUGAGAGAAGCAGACAAAAUCUGGCAAAGAAUGCAAAGUCUUGAGGAAACUCGUGAAUAUGCCUACAAAAUGACACAUGAUGGCUAUCUGAAGCUGUGGCAGCUCCGCAAGCCAAAUCUCUCUUCUUAUGAUGCUAUAUUUGUAGAUGAAGCUCAGGACUGUACGCCUUCUAUUAUGGAGGUUGUCCUGUCCCAGAAAUGUGGGAAAAUAUUUGUUGGAGAUCCUCACCAGCAGAUCUAUUCCUUCCGUGGUGCUGUAAAUGCUCUUUGUGAGGUGCCCCACACUCACAUCUUCUAUCUUACACAGAGUUUCCGAUUUGGUGCUGAGAUAGCUUACAUUGGUGCCACCAUACUUGAUGCCUGUAAGAAGAUACGACGUAAAACUUUAGUCGGAGGAAACCAAGAAGGUACUGUUCGUGAGCACUUCCAAACUAAGGUUGCUAUUCUAUCUCGAACCAAUGCAUGUGUGUUUGACCAGGCUGUCAGUGUUACAGAUAAAGAAAAUCCCUCAUUGAUCCACAUUAUAGGGGGACCAGAAAACUUUGGACUGAGCAAAAUCCAUGAUAUUUGGGUGUUACUUCAACCAGAAUCUGAGAGACAGAAAAGAAGAUUAUAUAUUAAAGACCGAUUCAUUGCGACCUGGAAAAGGAAGGGGUUUACAGCAUUAAAGCAAUAUGCAGUAAGCUCUGAAGACAAAGAGUUAGAAGGCAAAAUUGCUGUUGUUGAAAAAUACAAUCACCGAAUACCUGAGUUGGUGAAUAAAAUAGAAGGGUGUCAUAUAGAUGACACAUCACGUGCAGAUUAUAUUUUAGGAACUGUCCAUAAAGCUAAAGGAAUGGAGUUUGAUAAUGUGCAGGUUACAGAUGACUUUGCCAAAAUCCCCUCUGCCAGGCACAACUUGGAAAGGCUUCAGAUUCCAUUUGCGGUGUUAGCUAAAGAUGAAUGGAAUUUGCUUUACGUGGCAGUAACCCGUGCCAGAAAACACCUCACAAUAACAAAGUCUGUAGAAAAUAUUAUGACCCUAGCCGGUGAAUAUUCCCUAAAAGCAGAGCUGACAAGUCAGAUGUUAAAAGAUGGUCCGGUACAGUGUGCUUUGCCGCAUUGCAAUAAUUCAAUUCCCGAUCAGACUGUCUUGACUUCGAGGAAGCUUCCAAUCACAUAUAGUGACAAAAGUGAAGAUAAAGGAGGAUACAUCUGCCAUGCUUGUGCACAUCAGCGGGUUGGUCCGAUAACACAACUGAUGAUCUCUCAGGAGGUUUUACAGACUAUGGAUGUUAAACUAGAGAACAUUGUUCUUCCCCGACACUAUGAAGCACUACUGCAAGUUAUUUAAUGAUUUACUGGUACCAGCUACCAUAUGCUUCUCUAUAAUCUAAUCUUGUCAUGGCAACAAUCCGCCUGUUGAUCAAUGGUUUUUAAUACAGCUCUUGAUAUUAUUGGUACUGUAUAUAUUGUGUUAUUUCAGUCAUGUGCCAUCAUGCACAAUUUUUGGGUUUUCUGAGAUUUGAAUACUGAUUACCUUUCCUUUGGGAUCCCCACCGAUCAGCUGCUUGAGAAGGCUUCAGCGCAGUGGCCUUCUCUGUGCUCAUCAAGCACAGCGCUGUACAUAGUGUAGCAACUGUGCUUGGUAUCCCAGCUCAGCCCCAUUUACUUCUAUGGGGCUGAGCUGCUCCUAGGUCAUGUGACCAAUGAACCAAGUCA